AUGGAGUCUCCCGAGACGCAGCUGCAAAGUUCCGAGGUUGUGCCCUUUGCAGAACCUCCACCCGCGGAGGGGCGGCCAACCCCGGAGGUCCUCUGCGUGGAGAGUGGCACUUCGGAAGCCUGGAGCCCUGAAGUUCAGUUCGAAGACAGGCCCUUGUCACCGAAGGAAGAGGCGCCUCUUCCGGAGCCGGAGCCCCUGGAAUGCCGCCGCCCUCGCGCGCGCUCCUUCUCCAUGCCGGCAGACCCCAUUCUAGAGGCGGCCAAGCUCCUGCAGCGGCGCCAGCAGCAGCAGCAGGCCCUUCCGCUGGGCGCGGAGAGCGGUGAGCCAGUUGAGGACGUCCUGCUUAGCCCCGGCGACUGCUGCAAGAAGCGGGUGCAGUUCGCCGACUCUUUGGGGCUGAGCCUGGCCAGCGUGAAGCACUUCAGCGAGGCUGAGGAACCACAGGUGCCUCCCGCCGUGUUUUCGCGCCUCCGCAGCUUCCCGGUGCGUGUGGAGCGUCUGGAACAGCUCGGGGACCUGUUGGCACAGGCGCCCUCCUCCCUCCCGGCGCCGCCUGCCCGACUCCGGCCUCUCUUCCAGCUCCCGGGACACAGCGUUGCAGCGGAGCGCCUGCGACAGCAGCGCGUGUGCCUGGAGUGCGUGCAGUGCUCGGCACCCUCGGGCACGGAGGUGACGGGCUCUGGUAGGGUGCUGGGCUGCCCGGGGCCCAGGGCUGUGACAGUGCGCUACACCUUUACAGAGUGGCGCACAUUCCUGGACGUGCCAGCAGAGCUGCAGCCAACAGAAGCGCGGUCGGGGGCCUCUGAACCAGGGUCUGGGGAUGCUGAGGAGGAGCCGGGCGCAGAACGCUUCCGCUUCUCGCUGUACCUACCCCCCGGCCUGCAGCCCAAGGAAGGGGAGGAUAUUUCCGUUCACUUUGCAGUCUGCUACCGCUGUGAGCAGGGCGAGUAUUGGGACAACAACGCGGGGACUAAUUACACACUGCGCUACGCGCGCCCCACGAAUCUGCUCUGA